AUGGAUAAUAAUGUUAUUUCAUUAUUGGAUCCUUUUUACUUGGCUUGUAUAAACUUGCGAAAACACAAUUACGAUAAAUGUAUUGAAAAUUGCACGACCAUUUUGUUGAAAAAUCCUUAUGACCAGGUAAUGUAAGUUUAUUUAGUAAACAUUAUCGACUAGACACAUCUAUUAAAAUUAUGUACCUAUUUGCAUCUAAAAUAUAUUAAUUAUAUACAGUAGAAACCGUUUAUUGUCAUUCUAUGUAACCAAAAUGAUAAAAUAAAAUUUAAAAACCUGAUUAUGAUUUAUAUGAACAUAAUAUUGAAUUACAAUCGAUAUGUCAUAUUUUUAUAAUGAAAUUGUCAGUUCAAUAUAAUAUUAUACACUUACAUACACUUUAUUACUUUAAAUUAAAUUUACAUAGUAUUAAAAUAAUCUAUUAUCUUAGUAUGAAAAAUCAUGCUGAUUUUUCCAAUAUAACCAAAAAUAACAGUCAUUACAUCCAUAUAGCCCUUAGACAGAUGUCAUAAUAAUUAUACAAAUUAGUACAUACAAUAUUAGAGAUUUGCCGAGACCUACAGCCGGUGUCAUUAUAAAUGGUAUCUACUAUAUUUAAUUUACAGUUUUAUAAAAUUGUGUACAUGUAUACCAAAGCAAUAGUCCACUACUAAAUAUAGAAUAUAGUUCCAUUUACAAUUAAAACGUCAAUCUAUAUGUUAAUUUCAAUGUUUAUUAUAUCAGAUUUAUAACACAAUUUAUAAAUAUAAUAUAUAAGUGUAUGCUACUCCAAAAAUAGACAGAUAUUUAUUUUUUAAAUAUACAUUUUAAGAAAAAUAAUUUGUAUAAAAUAUUAUUUAAAAAAUAUUUAUAUUUUCUGAAUCUAUAAAGCAUAAAUCCAAUAUUUAAUUAUGAUGAUAUUAAAUAAGGAAAAUAAAUGCAAAUCAUUAACAACCUAUUUAUAAUAAUAAUUUUUUUAGAUUCAAUUGAGUGUUUUAAUGUAAUUUAAUCGAAUGCUGUUUUGUGUUUGAAGGCUACAUGGGCUCUUAAAAUGCGCGCAUUAACUGAACAAUUGUCUAUUGAUGACAUUGAAGUAGAAGAAGAGGGUAUUGCUGAUUCUUAUUUUAACUCUGAUGCAAUAGCUGAAAAUGCUAGAGUAGGAACCUCAUUAAGAACAGCUCCCAGCACUAGUAAUCAGAGGUAUGCUAUAGUCAAUUUGAUCACUAAAUAUGAAGUCAAUUUAUAUUUAUUUAUAUUUAAAAUAUAUUUAAUAGUAGAUAAUUUUGCUCUUGGUAUUUGUAGGCCUCGGACAAUUGGUGGGCGGCCUUUAAGUGGUAUUGUACGUCCUUCAACUUCGUCUGCUGGUGGAAAUAAUUUACAAAAGGCAUUAAAAACACCGCGUACUGUUGGUUCAGCAAGACCUCUGACGUCUCAAUCAGCUCGGAACUUACGUCUUGGUACAGCAUCAAUGGUUUCUCAAAUGGAUGGCCCUUUUAUUAAUAUAUCUCGUUUAAAUUUCCCAAAAUAUGCAUCUGAUAAACAGCUCUCAAAGUUAUUAUUUAACUAUAUCUAUUAUCAACAAAAUGAUAUCAGAAAUGUAAAUAUAUUAAUAUUGUUUUUUAUUUAUAAUAAUGUAUUUAUAUGUAUUUUAAAUAUCAUAUUAUUCAGGCAUUAGAUUUUGCUGUAGAAGCAACUAAAUGUUCUAACUUUGAGGAUCCUUGGUGGAAAGUGCAAUUGGGAAAAUGUUACAUGAUGUUAGGUUUACUCAGAGAUGGGGAGGCACAGUUUAGAUCUGCUUUACAACAUGGACCAAAUAUUGAAGUAUUCUUACGUCUUUCACGACUAUUUAUACGGCUCGAUCAGCCUUUAAGUUCAUUAGAUAUAUGUCGGCAAGGGUUGACUUGGUUUCCACAUGAAGUUACAUUACUUAUAGAAAUGGCUCGGUAUACCCAACAGUAGUAAUUAAAUAGUCAUUAUUUUAUCAAACACUCGGGAUUUUAAUGGCUUUCCAUGUAAAUAGUGAUAGCACUUAAUUUGUUUAUGGUAGUGUACACAUUUUUUUUUUCAAUUUUAUUCUAAUUUAUAUAUGCACAAUAUUGAUGGACAAAAUUAUUUCUGUUAAUAUUACAAACAAAUAUUUAGUAAAAGUCUACUUUUAAAUAUUUUUAUUUUAUUCCACUUUAUAAUAAAACACUAUGUUGUUAUUUAUAAACUAUUAUACAUUUCGCCAAAAUAUUAGUAUUUGGUUUAGAUUAAAUGCAGUACAUUUACACUUUUUUUUUUUUAGAAUAUUUGAAGGUUUAAAUAACAUACCAAUGUCGGUAAAGUAUUAUAGAGAUAUACUUGAAUUGGACGCAACAGAUAUGGAAUCAAUGGCCUGUAUAGGAUUACAUCAUUUUUAUUCUGAUCAACCUGAAGUAGCAUUAAGAUAUUAUAGGUAUUUAUUUUUAAAAGUUCAAGUUUGAUUUUGAUUAAAUUGUGUUAAAAUUGUUAUGGUUUUAUUUUUAAAUUUGUAUAGAAGAUUGCUACAAAUGGGCUUAUAUAAUGCAGAACUUUUCAAUAAUCUAGGGCUAUGCUCGUUCUAUGCUCAACAAUUUGAUGUUGUCAUGGCCUGUUUUGAAAAUGCAUUACGAUUAGCAAUAGAUGAUAACGCAGCAGAUGUCUGGUAUAAUAUCAGUCAUGUAGCAAUUGUAUGUGUUAUUUUUAUAUAACAAUAUAGUAUUCUUAUAAUAAUAAAUGUAAUGCAUUUUCAGGGUUUUGGAGAUAUAGAUAUAGCUGAACAUAGUUUGCAUUUAACAUUGUCAUUAAAUAGUUCUCAUGGUGCGGCAAUUAACAAUUUGGCUGUGUUACAGUGGCGUAAAAACGAUAUUUCCAGAGCUGAAGCUUUAUUGAAUUCUGCUAUAGCUGUCGAAGAUCACCUUUACGAACCGCAUUAUAACAGAGCUUUACUAGCUCAAGAUGUAAGUUAUGUAAUUCAUACUUGUUUUUAAGUUAUAUAAAUCAAAUGUUAUAGUUAAAGUAAAACCUAACCUUAGUCAGGUUAUAUAAAAUCUAUACAAUUUAAACUUUUCAUAAUUUUAAUAAUAUAAAAUAAAAUGUUAAACGAGCAAUUUUAAUAAAAUAUUCACACCUUAUUUUAAUAAAAUUACUUUACCUUUAUUAUUAUUAUUUUUUUUUUUUUUAAUUUUUAUUUUAAAAUGAUAGAUUAAUUAAAAAUAUAAAUGAGAUAUUAAAAUAAACUUGAUUAUUGAUGUUUUUUUUUGACAAAGAUUCUUAUAUACAAAACAAAACAUCAACAUAUAUGAAUAUAUAUAUAUAUAUAUAUCUUUUUUUGUAUAUAUACCAAAGAAAUGUUUUCAUAUAAGAUAUUAUAUAAAUAAUUUAUAACAAUAUAUUAUAUUUCUAAAUUUAUAAUAAUUUUUUUUUUUUUAGGAAGGUGAUCACCAAACAAGUUACGCUAUGGUAAAGAAGUCACUGGCAAUAUAUCCAAACCAUUACAAUUCUAGAGAUAUUUUAAACGAAUUAAAAAAAUAUUUUUCUAGUCUUUAA